CCGGCGGGGAGGGCUUCGCUCGAGCCGGCACCCGGGGACCGCGGCUGUCACGGCGCUCCGAGCAUCCCGGUGGCUUCCCGAGUAGACGCGCCCAGCCGUGCGGCAGCUGCGGGCACAACCCUAACCUUACCCUGCCUUGUCGCCGCGCCCGUGGAGCCCCACGCCCCGGGCGGGCGUUCGUGAUUUAGCACAAAGCACGUUUCCAAAAAGCGCACGGGAGAGCUUCCGCGCCGCGCUCCCGCGCACGCAUCCCCCCUUCCCCUUUGUUUCGGGGGUCGACAGGCUGCUCUCCUCCCCAAGUCUGAACUGUUCGCGGGGGGCGGAGGGCCGCCGAGUCUAGGCUGUGAAGAUGCCCUUGGAGCUGACUCAGAGCCGAGUGCAGAAGAUCUGGAUCCCGGUCGACCACCGCCCCUCGCUGCCCAGAUCCUGUGGGCCGAAGCUGACCAACUCCCCCACCGUGAUCGUCAUGGUGGGCCUCCCAGCCCGCGGGAAGACCUACAUCUCCAAGAAGCUGACUCGCUACCUCAACUGGAUCGGCGUGCCCACGAAAGUGUUCAACGUUGGCGAGUACCGCCGGGAGGCCGUGAAGCAGUACAGCUCCUACAGCUUCUUCCGUCCCGACAACGAGGAAGCCAUGAAAGUGCGCAAGCAGUGCGCGCUCGCUGCCUUGAGGGACGUCAAAAGUUACCUGACCAAGGAGGGGGGCCAGAUUGCGGUUUUCGAUGCCACCAAUACUACCAGAGAGAGGAGACACAUGAUCCUUCAUUUUGCCAAAGAAAAUGAUUUCAAGGUGUUUUUCAUCGAGUCUGUGUGCGACGACCCUAUGGUUGUAGCCUCCAACAUCAUGGAGGUUAAAAUCUCCAGCCCGGAUUACAAAGAUUGCAACUCAGCGGAAGCUAUGGACGACUUCAUGAAGCGAAUCAGUUGCUAUGAAGCCAGCUAUCAGCCCCUCGACCCGGACAAAUAUGAUAGGGACCUGUCCCUGAUCAAGGUGAUCGACGUGGGCCGGCGGUUCCUGGUGAACAGGGUCCAGGACCACAUCCAGAGCCGCAUCGUGUACUACCUGAUGAACAUCCACGUGCAGCCCCGCGCCAUCUACCUGUGUCGGCACGGCGAGAGCGAGCACAACCUCCAGGGGAAGAUCGGAGGGGACUCGGGCCUGUCCAGCAGGGGCAGGAAGUUCGCGAACGCCCUCAGCAAGUUCGUGGAGGAGCAGAACCUGAAGGACCUCAGGGUGUGGACCAGCCAGCUGAAGAGCACCAUCCAGACGGCCGAGGCGCUGCGCCUGCCCUACGAGCAGUGGAAGGCGCUCAACGAGAUCGACGCUGGCGUCUGUGAGGAGAUGACCUACGAGGAGAUCAAGGACACCUACCCCGAGGAGUAUGCCCUGCGGGAACAGGACAAGUACUACUACCGCUACCCCACGGGGGAGUCCUACCAGGACCUGGUCCAGCGCCUGGAGCCGGUGAUCAUGGAGCUGGAACGCCAGGAGAACGUGCUGGUCAUCUGCCAUCAGGCCGUCCUGCGUUGCCUCUUGGCCUACUUCCUGGACAAGAGUGCAGAAGAGAUGCCUUAUCUGAAGUGCCCCCUUCACACCGUCCUCAAGCUGACGCCUGUCGCUUACGGCUGCCGUGUGGAGUCCAUCUACCUGAACGUGGAGUCGGUGAGCACGCACCGGGAGAGGUCAGAGGACGCAAAGAAGGGACCUAACCCGCUCAUGAGACGCAAUAGUGUCACCCCACUAGCCAGCCCUGAGCCCACCAAAAAGCCUCGCAUCAACAGCUUUGAGGAGCAUGUGGCUUCUACCUCCGCUGCCCUGCCCAGCUGCCUGCCCCCGGAGGUGCCCUCCCAGCUGCCCGGACAACCUUUGCUAGGGAAGGCCUGUUUACGAACUGUUUGUCACAUUUUCUCAAAGUUUUCUCCUUACUAACCUUGGCAAGAACGUGAAAGGCGCCCAGAGCGGCAUCGACGCGAGGACACACUGAGGCCGACCCGGCGGCUCCAUCCAGUUCCAUUCCCGCAGCUUACGUAGUGCUUUUGCCGUCUGCCCGCGGCCGGGAUCCCAAGGACUUCUGGAGUGGGGUGGGUGGUACGGAAGAGGGGCCUGCUGGUCGGAGAGAACUGGGCCCCCGACCGUGGCGGGGCCGCCGAGACCCCACGAGGCCUCUCCCGCGUGCGUGCGUGGGGUCUGCGCCGUGGCUGCCCUCAUCGCACGCCAUCCCUGGUCCCGCGGACCCGCCACCUGGCCGGGGAAGGACGUUGAGCCACGGAAGAGGAACUGGGAGAAGGCCCCAAGGAGGUCGGCCUUCAUGCUGUUUGGUUUCGUUUCGUUUCUGUGAUCCUGACCUGGUAUGUUCCCAGCGCGGGGAGAAGACGCUCGGCUCCAGAAUCCUAAAAUUAAAAGGGGGGCCUCGAUCCCAGUUGCUGAAGAAGAAAGGGAUGGUGAGAACGUUCACAAGGCUCUUCUGUGCAUCGUGGCCCGGACCCUCGCUGCCUCGUGGAGGGAGGAUUCAGGCCGCGCCCGGGCUGGGCCGGAGGCAGAGACAGAAGGCUCUGGGCCGGACCCGUGUGUCCGAUGGGCCGGUCACCCUGCCGCGGGCCACACCUUCCCUCCUGGGUCCGCAUUCUGCUUCUGGAGAUGCUCAAGGACAGUCUGGCUGCGUCAGCAACAGGAACGAUGGCACCGGGAGAGCCUCAGGGCCUCGCCUGCCCAGGCCGCUCUGCCGUCUCGGCGCUCCUGCCUGCACCCGAGGCACGGGCGAGACGGCUCUCCGGGACCUGCUUGCUUGGGCACUUUUUUAGCUGGCAGGAGGCGGACAGGAAAGUUCCACCUUUUCUUCCGGAACUUCCAUGUUUGGGGUUCGUGCCCUUGGGUGUCGGAGCUCGGAAAGCACGUGGGGAAGGGCGUGUGCAUGAGACGGGGAGCUCAGAGGCACCCCAGUCAACCAGCCGGGCAGCAGGUGGUUCGGAUCCAUGCCCGACUGACCCGGAGGCAGAGCAGAGAUGAGGAAGGGUCUGGUCUCCUUCCGUCAGGAUGUUCGCUGUCACCCUGUGCUUCCCGGGUAGGUCUGGUGGCCCAGCCGGGACACCCCCACACACACCUGCAGCUGCUUCCUCCAAGAGACUCUCUGGGCUCCGGGCAGGCCUGAGCUCCUCCUGCCUGUCUUCGUGGAGCGUCUGCUAUACACCCGGCCCGGGGCUGGACUGCUUGGGUUUCCGAAGAAGGGCGCGUCCUCGCUUGCCUUCAUGGCUCCUGUGGCCUUUUUGGGGGCGGUUCAGAGCAGGCUGUGGGACCUGUGGUCUUGAAUACCUGUAGCUUCUGCCUCCUGGUGUCUCCUUGCUGUCCCCGUGGACUGGGGAUGUCAGGGCGUCCAGAGGCCCCAGAAGAAACGAUGUUGAGACUCUGUGGUAGAAUUUGUCCAAAUGACCCUUUGAAGAAUCUCCAAAAGCUGGUGCCAAAGGUCACUUCCCUGGCCCACCCUCUGCUUUCAAGCUUGACAGUCUUUCCCCUUUGAGCUGACGAGAGAGGUACUGGGGGUCAGGUCGGUUGGGGGUGGGGGGGCUGCGACAUCCAGAGCGGGGGUCAGACAGCGCAUGUUUCUCUGCUUGCGGUUCAGUGGGGCACUGGGACGUGCUGCUGAUCCCGUGCAAUCAAGUUCACAGAUUUCACACCGAAACUUUCAGAUCUCCCCCUUCUUCCCCAGUCGGGCACUUUGCCCGAGAUGAUGUCUGACGUCUGUGUUCCUGUGUGACCGAAGAUGGGUUAUUGUCCCUUUCUUGCCACCUUGAGUCUCGGUAGAUGGCAAGAGUGUGCGCCCAAGCGUGUGCUGGUAGGUGGGUCGUUUUUUUAGACAGAAAGAAGGGCCUGCGGCGCACAGCUUUCUAGAGUCCCUCUUUCUGGCCUCCCUGUCACACUGGCCACCAGAGCCGACUCUGAGUUUUGACCCUUCCCACCAGUCCCCUGGGGCUGUGUGCGGGUGCCCUCCCCAGCCUCCACUGCCGAGGUCCUUAGCUACGGAAGCGAGCAUCCCGAACAUUCGUUCGUGCAGGCCCGAUGGGGCCAGAGGACGUCCGCCCAGAUGAGGAGAGAGACCCCAGAGAGAGCGCAGUGCUUCCCGGCGGAAAGCCGCUCUCUGACUCGAGGCGCUGGACAGAGGGCGUGUUUGAUCUGUGGUCAUGGGGGGCUCUGGCUGCUCUGACUAUCGCCUCUCACCCCCUACCCCCCCGAAAAAUAUCUGGGACCAAUUUUGUUAACUUGGCAUCAUUGUUUUGGGGUGGGCUCACCUCCCUGUCCUUAUUCUGUCCUGAGACCGCGGGUGAAGCUCGUCCUCCAUGGGGAGAAGAGAAACAACCACACCAAUGAUGUUUUCGUUUGUAAUACUUGAAAUUUAUUUUUUUAUUAUUUUGAUAGCAGAUGUGCUAUUUAUUUAUUUAAUAUGUAUAAGGGAGCCUGAACAGAGAAAGCUGUAUAGAUCGGGUCUCGUUGUGCAUGGGUUGGUUUGGGGGCCUUUUACGUGUGACUCACGACUCCUCUGUGUUCUGUCCACUGUCGGAAUUAAUGACCUGGGGUGAGGCUGUGCCAGCUUUCAAACGGGGGACGCUUUUCAGAAAUUUGUAUAUUUUGCAGUUGCCAGAACAAUAAAACACCUGGUUGAAAUUCA